CUGAUGCUGUUUUAUUAAAUUUUUCUAUUUGAAAUUAUUGAAUUAAAAACGUUUAAUUCUAUGAAUCUCCUAAACGCUUCCAAAGAAUUACGAAAUGUAAAAAAGUGUCGAUCUUUUAUUGUGCAAUGAAUAAUAGUUUUCUCACUUUUUGAAACAAACCCUCUACACAAUGUGAUUUAUAAGAAACAGGAUUAUUUCAGAAUAUUCUGAAGAAGAAGAUGAACAAAUACUUAGAAAAGCGCAUUCUAAGACUAGUUUCUGUGAUACUAUCCUUCAUACUCGGCUGCAUAUUUACUUCUGCUUUGAUACCCUUGGAUAGAACCUGCAAAAUAGACGACUCCGAUAGAGAGUAUAACAUAAUGAAGAAUUCCAAAUUCAAGACUCCGGACCUCAUCGUCCUAAUAUUAUCAGCUCCGACGAAUUUCGAAAAGAGAUCAGUCAUCCGAGACACUUGGUUGAAGCUGAGAGCUGCGGAGGAAAGCGAAUUCACCUACAAGCACUACUUCGUAAUCGGUACCGCCUACUUACCAUCCCACGUUCAAAAGCGAUUAAACAACGAACAGAUCCAACAGAACGACGUCCUGCUCCUGCCCAUGGAGGAUUCCUACGCGAACUUAACCGACAAAAUCAAAUUGAGCUUCCACUGGCUGAACACCCAAUUCGAUUACGGCCUCGUCUUCAAAUACGUAUUCAAAUGCGACGAUGACAGUUUUGUAAAUUUGAACGAACUCGUGCUGUGCUUGAGCAGUUUAGAAACAGAUGUAGUCGAAGGGAAAUUGACCGGUUACAUAGAGGAAAAUGUCGCUAACCAAAUUAUAUCCACUAAUUACCAAAACAGUGGUACCAGUAGGAAGGUAUAUUUGUAUUGGGGCUACUUCAACGGUAACGCCAAGGUUAAAACCAAAGGAAAAUGGAAAGAAUCCAAUUGGAUAGCAUCCGAUAGAUAUCUCCCUUAUGCUCUAGGCGGAGGGUAUUUACUUUCCAAAGAAUUGGUAUCUUACAUAGGAAGAAACAAUGAGCAUCUGAAGUCCUUUAAUUCAGAAGAUAUCAGCGUGGGGCUCUGGCUGUCUCCGAUUAACGGAAUUUACAGAAUCCACGAUGUAAGGUUUGACACCGAAUGGACCUCCAGAGGAUGCAGCAACAAUCAGCUCGUUAAACACAACAUCCUACCUUCAGAAAUGCUGCAAUUGUACAGAAACAUCCUCAAAACCGGGAAAUUGUGUUCGAAAGAAACUUCCCACAGGAGCCAUUAUGUUUACAAUUGGAACGUACCCCCAAGUACCUGUUGCAAAACAGUUUAAAUUAUACAAUUCGAAUGCUUUUAAAAAAACUACAAGCUUGUAAAGAUCGUUUA